AUGGCCCAAGUUCAGCUGGCAGACUCCAGGGCGGAGGAGGGGGAGUGGAGCACAGCUCUGCUGGACUGCUUUGAAGAUCCAGCCUCUUGUUGCUAUGGUUUCUGGUGCGGCCCGUGUUUGGCGUGCACCGUGGCAGGUCGGAUGAAGGAGUGCUACUGCCUCCCCCUGUGUGACUACUGCCUGAUUCUGAGUUGGCCAGGGGCGAUCCCUCCAGCCGCACUCGGCCUGAGGAUCGCCCUGAGAAAAAAUUUCAACAUCCAGGGCUCUGUGGUGAAAGACAUCUGUAUUUCCUGGUGCUGCUCAUGGUGCUCAUGGUGUCAGAUGCAUCGAGAGUUAAAACGGAGGAGCAAAGUUCCAACCAUCGUAAACGUCCAGAAUGUAGUCCAAAUGCAGCCAGCCCCCAUGAUGAUGCCACAAUCCAACAUGAUGAUGCCGCAAUCCAACAUGAUGAUGCCGCAAUCCAACAUGAUGAUGCCGCAAUCCAACACGAUGAUGCCGCAAGAUCCCAUGUUGAUGCCGCAAGAUCCCAUGAUGUCUUCCACCGACAAAUCAGUAUAA